CUGUCAAACAUGGCUGUGCUUUUGAAGAAAGAAAAAUGCUGAAUUGUGUUGGUAGAUUUCGGAAAAAGAAGCAAACAUGGCGAGAUUGGCUGAUUAUUUGAUUGUCGUGAGAUUAGAUCAGGACAAAACUGGUGCAGGAGAAGGAUGUGGGAAGAUCAUCCAGCGCUUCCCCAAAAAGGACUGGGAGGGCACAGUGUUUCCCCAGGGGGUGGAGAUGUUCUGCCAGCCAGGAGGAUGGAGGCUGUCCCGAGAGAGGAAAGCUCCCACCUUCUUCACGGUGGUGUUGACGGACAUCGACUCAGACCGACACUACUGCUCCUGCCUCACCUUCUACGAGGCAGAGGUCAACCUGCAGGGAACAAAGACUACCGAUGCAGAUGAGGAUGAGGAAGAGGAUGGCUUGAUCCAGCCCGCUCAAGUCUUUGCACCCAAAAGUCUCAUUCUGGUCUCCAGGCUGGAUUAUCCUGAAAUAUUCCGGGGCUGCUUGGGCCUGAUCUACACGGUGUACGUCGACAGCCUGCCGUUCCCUCUGGAGGGUCUGGUUUCCAACCUCUUCACGUGCAUGGUUCCUGUGGCUGGCGGCUCCCAGAAACUGUUUUCCCUGGGAGUGGGCGACCGACAGCUAAUCCAAACCCCUCUGAAUGACAACCUGCCUGUUACAUGCAAGAGUGUGGCCCUGCUCUUCCAGCAGCUUGGAAUCCAGAAUGUUCUGAGUCUUUUCUGUGCGGUUCUGACCGAGCACAAGGUUUUGUUCCAUUCUACGAGUUACCAGAGACUAGGGGAGGCGUCGCGUGCCCUGGAGGCACUCAUGUUCCCCCUCAAAUACAGUUACCCAUACAUCCCCAUCCUGCCGUCACGGCUGCUAGAGGUGCUGAGCUCACCCACCCCCUUCAUCAUCGGGGUCCACUCCAUGUUCCAGAGCGAGAUCCAAGAACUGUUGGACGUUAUCAUAGCUGAUCUGGAUGGAGGAACCAUAAAGAUUCCAGAGUGCAUCCACCUGUCCCAGCUCCCUGAACCACUGUUACACACUACACAGACUGCCCUGUCUCUGGUUUUGCAUCCUGAUCUGGAGAUAGCUGACAAUGCCUUCCCACCCCCUCGCACAGCCCCCUCCAACCUCAAACUGUUGGAUAAGGAGGUGCGAGCCGUGUUCCUCAGGCUGUUUGCACAACUCUUCCAGGGCUACAGGUCCUGCCUGCAGCUUAUCCGCAUCCAUUCCGAACCCGUUAUCCACUUUCACAAGACUGCCUUCCUGGGCCAGAGAGGCCUGAUUGAAAACGACUUCCUGACCAAGGUUCUGGAUGGCAUGGCCUUCGCUGGCUUCGUGUCUGAAAGGGGUCCGCCUUACAGAGCCUGUGAUCUCUUUGAUGAGCUGGUGGCCUUUGACAUGGAGCGCUUUAAGGAGGAGGCGUCCAGCCCUGCCAAGCUGCAGAAGCACAUGAGGGAACUCUCUGACCAACUGUACAAAAACGAGAAUCCCAACCCCCACAUGGCGUUCCAAAAAGUGCCUCGGCCCACGGAGGGCUCCCACUUGCGGGUGCAUGUGGUGCCCUUCCCCCUGCUGGACGAUGAGAAGGUGGAGCGGCUGCUGGCGGAGGGCCUGGCCAAGCAUCCCAGCGCCCCUGCCAUCACUACCACCACCCGCGCAGAGAGGAAGUGUGUGGUGCCCGCCGGCCCUCCCGUGGUGUCCAUCAUGGGGAAGAUGGGCUCAGUGUUCAACAGCGCUCGCAGGCUGGAGGUGGUGAGGAGCUGCAUCUCCUUCAUCUUUGACAACAAGACCCAGGAGACGGAGAAGACCCUGCCAGCUGCGCUGCGUGCUCUGAAAGGCAAGGCGGCUCGCCAGUGUCUGACUGAGGAGCUCAGUCUGCACGUCCAGCAGAACCGGGCCAUACUGGACCACCAACAGUUUGACUACGUCAUCCGCAUGAUGAACUGUGCCCUCCAGGACUGCUCCAGCUCUGAAGAGUACACCGUCGCCUCCGCCCUCCUGCCACUGACGACAGCCUUUUACCGGAAAUUGCCGGCUGGCGUGAGCCAGUUUGCCUACACCUGUGUCCAGGACCAUCCCAUUUGGACCAAUCAGCAGUUCUGGGAGGCCACGUUCUACAGCGAGGUCCAGAACCAGAUCCGAGCCCUGUACCUCACCGCCCCUGAAGACAAACUAGGCAUCACUGCCAGGCUAAAGGAGCAAGGUCCCCUGCCCCCGGCGGCCCCCAGCGCCUCGGAGCGCACGGCCAUGGACCUGGCGGCGGAGCAGCUGCGCGCCUGGCCCUGCCUCAGCAAGGAGAAGCAGCAGGAGCUGGUGAAGAACGAGGAGAGCACGGUGUUCAGCCAGGCCAUCCACUACGCCAGCCUCCUGGUCUACCUGCUGGUCCCCCUGGACACCAGCAAGAACAAGCUGCUCAGAGCCAACCCCGUCGCUGACUGGGAGAGCGGCAGCAACAGCAUCGUCACCAACAGUAUUGCAGGCAGUAUGGCGGAGAGCUUUGACACAGAGAGUGGCUUUGAGGACUCUGAGAACAGCGACGUGGCCAACUCUGUGGUACGCUUCAUCGCCCGCUUCAUUGACAAGGUGUGCACAGAGAGUGGCGUCAGCCAGGACCACAUCAAGAGUUUGCAUAGCAUGAUCCCAGGCAUCGUGGCCAUGCAGAUGGAAACUCUGGAGGCGGUCCACAGGGAGAGCAGGAGGCUGCCACCUAUCCAGAAGCCUAAGAUCCUGCGCCCAGUGCUGCUCCCUGGUGAAGAGUUUGUGUCGGAGGGUCUUAGAGUGGUCCUGGACCCUGAUGGCAGAGAGGAGGCUACGGGGGGAAUGCUCGGGGGACCGCACAUCCUGCCAGCAGAGGGAGCCCUCUUCCUCACCUCCUACCGCAUCAUAUUCAAGGGCUCCCCACACGACCCACUAGUGGGGGAGCAGGCAGUGAUCAGGAGCUUCCCAGUGUCCACCUUGACCAAAGAGAAGAAGAUAAGUGUCCAGAACCAACUGCAGCAAAACAUGCAGGAGGGACUGCAGCUCCGCUCGGCAUCCUUCCAGUUGAUCAAGGUGGCGUUUGACGAGGAGGUGAGCUCAGAGAUGGUGGAGAUCUUCAGGAAACACAUCCAGAGGAUCCGCUACCCUCAGUCCAUCUUCAGCACAUUCGCCUUCGCCGCAGGCCAGAACGCUCCCCAACUCAUCCUUCCCAAACAGAAGGAGAGGAACACGGGUUUCAGGACGCUGUCCAAGACCAUUGUGAAAGGAGCCAAGAGAGCUGGGAUGAUCACCAUGGGCCGUCAGAGUCAGACCACGCUGAAGAAGAACGACAGAGGGAGUCGGAUGACCUGGCACGAGGAUGAUGACAUCUCAGUGUCAGAUGAGGGUGAGCCACCCCCCAGCAGCACGUUGAGGGCAUCAGAGAAAUCCACCAUGGAGCAGCUGGUGGAGCGGGCGUGUUUCCGUGACUACCAGCGGCUGGGCCUGGGCACCGUCACAGCCAGCUCCUCCCGCUCUAAGACAGGAGAGCAGUUCAGAGUAACUGCAGUCAACAGACUCUACUCCCUCUGCCGCAGUUACCCAGGGCUCCUGGUGGUUCCCCAGUCAGUGCAGGACAGCAGCCUGCAGAAGGUGGCCCGUUGUUACAGACACAACCGCCUGCCAGUGGUGUGUUGGAAACACCCCCGCACCAAAGCUGUGCUGCUACGAUCCGGAGGCUUCCAUGGCAAAAGUGUGGUGGGACUCUUUAAGUCCCAGAACCAAUCUUCAACAGCCCCUGCCAACUCUUCUGAUUUGUCCAGUAGUCUGGAGCAGGAGAAGUAUCUUCAGGCCAUCCUCAACUCCAUCCCCGUCUACUUCAAACUGAACGGCAGUAACACUCUGUCCAACCGCUCUCUCAUCGGCCUCUCACCAGGCAGUGAAAGGAGGACGUCUAGAAUACCAAAGAUGGCCCCCGUCCAUUUGGACAUGCCCUUCUCCAACAGCUUUGCCAGAGGAGGUGUCUGGGCCAGCCUGCGUUCCAGCAGCCGCUUCAGCCAGCACCCUUCUGCAGCUGAUGUUGGUGCCAGGCUGGCAGGAAAGGAUUUGGCGCCCCCUGCGGGCAGCGAGAGCCUGCAUGCCCAGCUCCUCAAACAGCAGGCUGCCCUCUACAUUUUUGGAGAGAAGUCCCACCUCAGGGGCUUCAAACUGGACUCUACUCUGAACUGUGAACUGGUGCCUGUGGACUUUGCUGACACGCGCCAGAUCAAAGGUGCCUUUAAGAAGCUGCUGAGGGCCUGUGCUCCGAGCGCUAUGUCUUCAGACACACAGGACUCCUUCUUCAAAGCCCUGGAGGACUCUGAGUGGAUCCUUCAACUUCACAAGCUCCUGCAGUUGGCCCUGAUUUUGGUGGAGCUGCUGGACAGUGGCUCGUCCGUCCUGCUGAGUCUGGAGGAUGGCUGGGACAUCACCACACAGGUGGUGUCCCUGGUCCAGCUGCUGAGUGACCCGUUCUACCGGACUCUGGAGGGCUUCCAGGUGCUGCUGGAGAAGGAGUGGCUGUCCUUCGGUCACAAGUUCAGCCAGCGCUCCAACCUGAGCCCCAGCAGCCAGGGCAGCGGUUUCACGCCCAUCUUUCUGCAGUUCCUGGAUUGCGUGCACCAGAUCCAGGACCAGUGCCCUUUGGAGUUUGAGUUUAAUCAGCACUAUCUGAAGUUCCUGGCAUACCACUACAUCUCCAACCGCUUCAAGAACUUCCUCCUGGACUCCGACUACGAACGCCUGGAGCAUGGCACAUUGUUCGAGGACAAGCCGGGAGACAAGCAGGCCAGGAGGGGGGUCUGUAUCUGGGAGUGUAUCAGCAGAAUGCACCGGAGGAGUCCACUGUUCUUCAACUACCUGUACAGUCCCACAGAGGCUGAGCCGGUGCUCAAGCCCUCUAUCAGCAUCCCUGCUUUGAGGAUGUGGGACUUCUUCACGGGGGAGACCCUGUGCACAGGCCCGUCCUAUGACUGGAGGAUGCAGGCUGUCAGGUCGGAGAGCAUGGAGGAGACAGACACCAUCGCCACCAGCAAGAGGAGGAUCGUGUGGCCCUGCUACAGCAGUGUGGGGCGCGCCCAGCCUGACGCCAUCACCAAGCUCCUGGCUGACAUAGAGCGGCUGGAGGGGGAGAUGAGCCAAGCACCAGAGAGGUGGCAGGCCACUCUGGAGAGGGUCCGAGUCAGUAUCCAGGAGGACCUCAAACAGGAGGGAAAUCUCCGCAAGCAGUCUGCGUCCACCUCGGGGCUGAUCCCCACGUCCAGUCUGCAGGCGUUCCAGAGACGUUCCAUGCUGCACCUGCCUGACAGUGGCUUGGGGGAGGACAGCAGCCCCACUGCCACUAACGGGGUCAACCGCCGGGCCGCCACACUCUACAACCAGUUCACCCCCAAGAACGAGGAAAACAGAUCAUUUGAGGGAAUUCUGUACAAACGAGGAGCACUGCUGAAAGGAUGGAAACCUCGCUGGUUUGUUUUGGACAUUACAAAACACCAACUGAGGUACUACGACACGGGAGAGGACACUAACUGCCGGGGCCACAUUGACCUGGCGGAGGUGGAGUCAGCUCUGAUCGCCACCCCCACCAUAGGAGCUCCUAAACACAUCAGUGAGAAGGCCUUCUUCGACUUGAAGACCACCAAGCGAGUGUACAACUUCUGCGCCUCGGAUGCCCAGAGCGCCCAUCAGUGGAUGGACAAGAUCCAGAGCUGCAUCUCCGACGCUUAACCUCUGAACUCCCCAACCAGGGCGUGGUCAGGGUGUGGUCAGGUCACAGCAUUAGCAUUAGCUGCAGCAAGGUGGCUGAGCGCAGAGACUGUGGGCACAUAUAUACAGUACAUAUUCAGCUCAGUCACCAUGGGAGUGGCUUUACCAUGAGGACCACAGUGAUCUAAGUGCCUGUUAGUGGAGGCUAUGUUAUCCAUCCAUCCUGCUGCCUUGCAGGACUUCAGGCAGUCGUCACAAGUUGAUUAAUGUGCCCCGGUCUCUGCCAUCAGCUCUCUCUGUACUAUUCCUUGUUACUGCUACAGGGAUCAACACUUAUAGUGAAAAGUAAAUGGAAAAAACGGAUGCCUGAGCACCACUAAGUAUAGUUUAUGCCAUUUCAGUUGUAAAUAGAUAAAAGCAAUAGCACUGGCCAUUUUAAACUGUGGGUUCAAUAUAUACAGUAAACUAAGAUAUAUAUAUAAAGCAUACAAGAGAAUUUAUUUCAGAUAUUUUACAAUGAGGAAAGGUAUUACUGCUUGAUGAAAGGUAUAAACCACCGAAAACUCAAAGGUUUUGAAAAUGCACAAUAUGACAAGGCCAUUUGUUUGCACUUAGUUCUAUAAUAUGCACUCCAUAUAGAAUGAUUUUCUUACUGAAGCGAACAGCCAGGCGAAAGGCAUUACUUUAUGAUGAUGUACAUAAGGACCUUUUCCAGACAAACUGGAAGAGAAAAAACACUAAAGUUCCAAACAUGUUCCUGACAUUUUAUAUUUAAGUGAUGUCCUCUAUUUUUAAACAUACACUAUGAAUGUUUUGACUCCUGGAUAACAGUUUGUUUGUUCUUGUGAUGUAAAUUAUUUUUUUUAUUAAAAGAGUAACUCAUGUUGUUAAAGUGUGGUGGCUUAAUGUUUUAUGUAAAUACUCAUGUGAUAUUUCCUAUUUUUUAUAUAUAACAUGUGUAUGCUUCUCUAAUCUUAACUGUAAUAUGACCAACUUUACAAUUCUGCAUUUUGGUAUGUAUUGUCUUGUAUGUACAAGUAUAGUAACCUUGUUUCCUGUCUUUGAUGAGACUGACUAUGAGCCAUUGUGUGUUCGAUGAAGGGGAGUUGACUAUAUUUCUCAGAAUAUCCAGAAAGACUGUCUUAAGGGCUUUUAAGUAAAUCAGUCAGUGUGGUUUGUUUCAUCUGUUGUCUGCAUCUUCCAGUUUGAGAUAACAAAGCAAAAAAGAGCAUCAAAGUCAUUUCAGAAGCUAUUUGAGAAGUGAUAUAUGUUACUGUAUCUUUUGUACCAUGUUUUGUUGAUACUAAUGUUGUUUUUUUGGAAAUAAAUCAAAAGUACUUGAACUAG